CUUAUACAAAACCAAGGAAGGUUUUAUGUUGUGUGGAUAUAUAGACAUAGGCUCCUCAGCUGUUUGGAUACUCCUUCUCCUCAUCAUCCUUUCUCCUCACUCGAUCUUUUUAUACCCAUUCCCGCCGGUCGGACUUCCUUUAAUUUUCCUGCUCCAAUUUCUCCUCUCAAUUGUCCACGAUUUGCCAAGUCCGUCCCAGAUAGCCAAAAUGCAAUUCUCAGUCAUAGCCCUUCUCCUCACCUUCAGCGCUUUCUCCACAGCUUCCGUGAUAGUCGAGCGUCAAAAUGGUGGGCGUGUCGUUCCUACCGGUGAAUGCUGUGUCGCAAACACUAGUGUGAAGCAAGACACCUGCACCACGGCUACUGGAGCAGCAGGACGUUGUGUCCCAGGUGGGAAUGCUUGUGGAGGAUCUCUCAGCUGUGUUGCGACUGCAAAUCUAGCUUGUGAUGCUGCGAUCAUCGAGCGUGGCAAGUCUCUGUGCCGUACCAAGGUCGCAGGAGGAUUCAUAGAUGGCGCGAGUAUCAUCCCUUCGUUAUCGCAGGCCAAGGUCAACUAGAUGUUCGGUGUAAACAUGCUCGGAAAGAGGAGGAAAACUCUGUCUUGAGACGGUGGAAUGGGUGCUUCUCCUCCUCUUCCCUUGAUGGAAAGUCGCAACAAUAGUGAGAAAUGAAAGCUUGAUCCGAAAACAGUUGAUACUUGUGCUUCGAGAUGAUUUAUCCAGA